UGCCACAUGGGUGUAGCAGGCCUGUUUAUCCCUGUGCCCUCUUUUUGAGACAGACCCUUCCUUCUAGUUUUCCUCUCCCUUGAUGCCUGUGAAUGAGUAUUAACCUAUUAUAGAAUGGGGUCUGAGUCCUAAGCAGUCUGAACUUGGCUCAUCCUUGGAUGAGUCCUUGCUUGUUGGUUCUUCCUGUGUUUUCCUGUGAAGCCUGUCCACUGGCUAGCUGAAUGCACUCUCUCCUGAACCCUGGAGACUGGUGUGCUAGUUUCUUCUGGACAUACACACAUUUAUGAUCUCAGCACAAGCCAAGAGAGAGAAUUCUCUGUUGUUCUUGCUGCUGUUGGAGCUGGUGCUCCAAAUGGAUAGCAUGCUGAACCUGAUUUGACCUAGUCUCUUGCAACAAAAAGUAGAACUUGGGAAUUCAGUUCUCUCUUGGGGGCAUAAUCGUCACCAAGUGUUUGUGAAGCAGAAUUCUGUAGGUAGGGGAGCCUUAGCAACCAGUUUGAAAUAGGGUGUUACUAUAGUACAAACAAGGUUACAGUGGCCCUUCCUCUUUUCCUGCCUUUAGCAGCAAACUUGUACAGCUGUUCAUGGGCCCAGGGCCUGUGUUUGGAAACAUGGACAAAUUUGUGGGGCUGGGAGUGUUUGUAGACACCUAUCCCAAUGAGGAGAAGCAGCACGAGGCCCAGAAGAGGCGCUAUUCUCCAGGAGUCCAGCGGGUAUUCCCCUACAUCUCAGCCAUGGUGAACAACGGCUCCCUCAGCUAUGAUCACGAGCGGGACGGGAGGCCAACAGAGCUGGGUGGCUGCACAGCCAUUGUCCGAAAUAUCCGUUAUGACACCUUCCUUGUGAUUCGCUAUGUCAAGAGGCAUCUGACGAUAAUGAUGGAUAUUGAUGGCAAACAUGAGUGGAGGGACUGCAUUGAGAUGCCUGGGGUCCGGCUCCCCCGGGGCUAUUACUUCGGCACUUCCUCCAUCACUGGGGAUCUCUCUGAUAACCAUGAUGUCAUUUCCCUGAAGUUGUUUGAGCUGACUGGAGUGAGGACCCCAGAAGAAGAAAAACUACAUCGAGAUGUGUUCCUACCCUCAGUGGACAAUCUGAAGCUGCCAGAGAUGACAGUACCACCAACGCCCCUGAGUGGCCUGGCUCUCUUCCUUAUUGUCUUCUUCUCCUUGGUGUUUUCCGUAUUUGCCAUUGUCAUCGGGAUCAUACUCUACAACAAAUGGCAGGACCAGAGCCGGAAACGCUUCUACUGAGCUGCUGCCGUCAGUCCCUCUAUGGUGUUUACCAUAAGGUGUGGGUCUGAGCAUACAGCCUGGCGAGUCGGCCUGUUGUUCAGGGACUGUGUUCUGUCACUGGAGCUUUGAAUGCAGGGACCCUGCAUCCUCACGGUCAUCCAUGGGAACAUCUCACUGAUCCAGGGUACCGAGGAUCUGUGGUGUGCCUUUCCCUGGAGUCCUUCCACUUCGGAGUGAAGAGACAUGGAGAAAUAUCUAUUGUGAUGCCUAAAUUACAGAAUUGGGCAGAUAGCCCAAGCGUGGACUGGACACAGUAGGCCUUCCACUACAUUUUAGAAUUCCCAAAUAGAAAACCAAAACUCGUACAAUCUGGAGACCCGCUUAUUGGCCUUUGUUUUGCCCAUGCCUCUUUCUACUUCAGGAGCUCCUUGGCAAUCUGGAUGGAGACUUCUCCCUCACCUGCCUGUCUCCCUCUCUCACCGUUCUCUUUAUAUGCAUCCUUAGCUAGGAAAGAAGUUUGCCGCUCCCAUUAGGUGGCCCUGGGGCUUCCUGCAGUCACUCAUUGCUUCAGCUUCUUCUCUGCUGGGUGGAUCCUGUUUCGGACUGUGACUGUGUCUUCAGCUUUCCUCAUCAAAGCCCUUCAGGCCUUUGGAUGGUUUGGCUAAAAGUUGUUACAAAUCAAGAGAAGCUUGGACAAGUUCACAGAUGCUGUGAGGUUAACUAUGGAAUCGUCCAGGUCCAGGUGUGCCUCAGAGAGCAGUUUUGGCUGCGUCUGACCAUGUGGAGUCCUUCUGGACCUGCUGGGGCCUGCUUAGUCGCAUGUUUUGUGUUCGUCCUGAUUCUUGGGAUUCUGCUCUGAAUGUUGGAAGUGAUAAGCAGCUUUCUUCUUAUUCCCUGGACUUAGACACUCCCCCAGCUAAGAGAUUUGGACAUGCUCCCAAGACCUCUUACUGAGAAGAAACAGUUGGUGAUCUCCUAUUACAAAUCUCUGAGAGGGAAAGCCCUUCAUCCUCUGUGCCUGGAAAAGUUCUGGUCAUGGAGCAGCAGCACAGCUUGAGUGCCCUUGUGUGUCACCUAUUACACUGCCUUAUUCCACAAGUGUCACAUGCUGCUCACCUCUUUGCCCUGUGGUUAAGUUGGUUACAGGCUAGUCUCCCUGGAGGGCCUGACACAGGUCUCUGUAGCCCGAGGAAAAGGUUUCAUAAAGUAGCUGAUGGAACAGUCAUGAGUUCUGGCUCAGUGGCCUCCUUGUAGUGUCGGCUUGGUUGGGGGCUCCAGCCUUUUUCCUGAGCCUCAGGUGUGUCUGCUCUCAUCCUGCCCCUCCUGGAUGGUUGGGAAAACCCUCACCCCAUCCCUUACCCCAUCCAUCCGUAGGCUAGGGGGAAGGGUCACCGUGGCUGCAGGUGAGAGUUCAUCUUCUCAGCCCCCUGUCUUUCCCAUGUAGACAUUAAAGACAUUAAAGCCCUA